CACCAAGUCGCCGUCUAGUAACGCUAGUGCAGGUAUUGAUCCUUCAGGCACUCGUCGUGUAUCAUCACAGCCGAGCCAUCGGACGAGCCAGCAGCAGCAAAGUAUGUCUCCAACCGGACCCGAUUGCCUGAUAUCUUCAGCGAAUACCCUCUCUGCCCAGCCAGCUUUCCCAACCACGCCGACAGAACCUUCUCCGCGGGGCAGCAGUGCAGGUGUCCCAACGCUCUCUAGCGCCAUUACAAACACAUCACUAGCCGCACCUUCCUCAGGUCAAUGCGGGAAAUGGAUCGGCAUCGAAAUAAUUUACAUGGUUGAAAUUACUGAAACAUGUGCUGAAGGGUCGGCCGUUACGGAAACGGUCACCGAAUGCGUCGCCACUCUCACUCGCUCGAUUUGUCAGAGUUCAGCAUCAAGCUUUCCGUGUUACCCCUGUAUCCUAGGAACCGAAGAGUCCCCCAACGACACGGCGACCGUCACAAUGUGACUAUUACCGCCCAGCACUGCCGCACCUGCACGACGACAACAUACGUUGGGACGGUGCCGGGAUACACGCCGGGAGGGCCGUGCCAUGGCUGCAGCCCUUAUUCGGCAAGCACGUCGCUAGAUUCUUUGCCACUGGCAAGGCCAACUGCCGCUACUUCCCCUUCCCUGCAGGUCUCUGGAUACCCUGGUUAUUCAGGCAUUCCGACCAGGCCGAACUCUCCCGGACUUCAGCGAACAUCGCAAGAGAGUGAGUCAACGAUAGAUCCCGGGGGUGUCGGGCUACCUGCGACGUCGAGCUCUUCGGGCGGCAUAACGAAACUUCCAGAUGAUGCGACGCCAACUCAGCCACCACCAGUGGCAAGUGCAGUUCCAGGGUAUCCUGAUAGGCCGGGGUCGCCGUACUUGCCAAACCAGCCAAGUCCGCCGGGAAAUCCCGGGGUGCCUCACCUGUUGGGCUCUACAACACUGCCCCCUAUGGCCUCACCGGAUAGUACGGAGCCAGGACCGACCAAUACUCCCUAUCGGCCGACCGCUGUGCCGGCGCCCCCGAUUGUUACGGCCGGUGGUGUCCGAGCCAUGCCCCGGAAUGUGGGGCUCGGGCUGACUGGCUGUCUGCUCGGAGCUGCGAUCUUGAGAAUGUAACCAAGGUAAGUUGUGAACUACUAUCUGAGGCAGUAACGAGUUGGGGGUUGUCAGUUGUUCUCCUUUUCGCUUUGGUCCCUUCUUAGCCGGGGCGGAUUGCAUGCGAUUGUAUUAAAAGGCCUGACUAUGCACAUGUAUACGAUGGGUUUCUUCGGUGUCAAUUAGACCGGCUCGGUAUAACAGCCAUAUUGAUGUAUUCGUGGGAUUGGAUUUAAUAAACUUGGAUUGCUGCUUUCAAAGCUAGCUCGCCCUAUUACAAUUGCUCUAUUUUGAGCU